AGGAUAUUAAUAAAACAUUAUGGAUCCCUACUUGGGUUUGCUUUUUCUUAUUCUGCUUUUGCGUGAACUGCUAAGUUUGUAAGGGAAGUUUCAAAGCAGAAACUGAUAUUUGCGUGUUCAACAUUCUUACUCCCUUUACUUCAAUUUUCUAACUAGUUUUUUCCCCCUUUCCUAUUGUUUUUUGUCUGGUGGCAGGGAAAGAAAAAAAAACAUGGUGACCUCAGAAUGCCCAUGUAAUAAGGAGAACGAUGGCAAAAGUCGACGGCACUAAUAUUAUAGUAACUAUAUUUUCUCAAGACAUAACCCUAACCCUAACAGACACGCACAGUUGGUAAGUUCCCGCCAACAACAACCCUCCUGCCUAUCGUCAGCUUAUUCUUCUCACUAUAUAACUCUUCCAAGCUUUGCCAUUAUAACAAGGAUGAUUUAGUGACAAGAGCUCAAAUGCUUUUGCUCCUUCAUAAUCAUCCCUUGUAUCUCAUUGCACAAACAAGAAAAAAGGGCCACUCUUUUUACUUUCAGUCAUAGUGGUGCACUGCACUAACUGUCUUUGCUUGUCUGAGAUAUGAGUCUCAGCUGGACUUCUGUAGAUCUUUGAGUCCACAAUUUUGCUCCAGAGAUACUGUGGACCAGACACGAUCAUAAUUGCAGAGAUAAGACAUGGGGAGAAGUCCUUGUUGCGAUGAGAAUGGGCUGAAGAAGGGGCCUUGGACACCUGAGGAGGAUGAGAAACUUAUCCAAUACAUACAGAAGCAUGGUCAUGGCAGUUGGCGCGCAUUGCCUAAACACGCAGGAUUGCUUAGGUGUGGAAAGAGCUGCAGGCUUCGUUGGACAAACUACUUGAGACCAGAUAUAAAACGUGGGAAAUUCUCGUUUGAAGAGGAGCAGACUAUACUGCACCUCCAUGCUAUGUUAGGAAACAAGUGGUCUGCUAUAGCUGCUCACCUGCCUGGAAGAACUGAUAACGAGAUCAAGAACUACUGGAACACCCAUUUGAAGAAACGGCUGCUCCAAAUGGGUAUUGAUCCCAUGACCCACAGGCCACGGACAGAUCUUUUUCCUCCUUCAUUUGCUUCAUAUUUUGCUUCUCUGAAUCCAUGGGAGAGUGCAAGGCUUGAGGCUGAGGCAAGACUUGCUAGACACUACUUAAGCCUUGCAGCUUACAGAUCAUCCAGUGUGCCUGGCUCUGAAAAUGGGAACGUCAACCUAGACCUUAAUCUGCUCAGGUCUGCAUGCCAAUUCGAAGAUGCAACUGCAGCAGCAGCAACUUUCUGGGCCCAACAGCAGCAGCAGCAGCAACUUGCAGGAUCAAUGGCCUACGGUGCCCAGAAUUUAGACCAGCAUUUGGCCCAAGCAGCUCAAGCUAGCCAAUGCUCAAGAAGCUAUAGUAUGCCAGAUCCCAAUUCAAACAUGGAUGGUUGCUUAUCACUGCAGCAAGAUCAACAGGGCACUGUACCUCGCUUCUUAGACAAUAUGUGUUCUUUGGCUCUUGGCUGCACUUAUCCAACCAUGGAUCAAGCUGCCAUUGCUCCUCCAAGUGAUUCAUGCUUAACUGACGAGAGCCUCAAUCCACAUAGCACUGUGUUUACCACUGAGAACAGUCUAAAGCCUGAAGAGGAUCACAAACUGAGGAUGGUCAAGGUCUCCUAUCAUGAUGAAUACAGCAAUAAUUUGCUACCCAAUCCCAAAUCUGAAAUGCCUAGCCAUAAUGCUAAUACUAGUUUGGUAUGGCCAGAUCAUAAGUCCAAUUCACUUCCACCACUGAUAUCUGCAACAGGCUCACCAAGAUCAAAUACUUUCAAUAGCACCACCUCUUCUCCUCAUGGCUAUGCAGGUUCAAUUCCACCAGAGCUCCUCCUUGACUUCACAGAAAAUUCCAACAACCCCAAGGCAAUAUCAGGGACUCCCACAUGGUCAGAUUUAAAUACCGAAGAUGGCAAAGACUACUGGAGCAACAUGUUGAAGCUAGUAGACACUACCCCACCAGGGCCUGAAUAUAUCAUCAGACAGCAUCAAUAAUAAAAGUGGUUGGUCGUGGGGAGUGUGGCAAUCAUCAGUCUUAGCAAUGUGUAGUCUUCGCAAUGUGUACGUAUGUACAUACAGAAUUCCAAGGGAAUUUUUAUUGGGUUUGGCCAGUGUACAAAAGUUACAGUUUGAUUGAACACUUGAUAGUGUAUCCAUGGAUUCUGGUCUUCACUUCUGUCAUAAACGCAAUAAUUGAGUCUAUGUUUGUUACUUAGCUUUCAGGCAGAUGGAUUUUCCUAUGCUAUUUAUUGCUGUAUAUUAAUGAACAGUUGUGUUUUGGUGCGGUGCAUAUUCAAAUAUACCAUUAAAUUGCGUGUUAAAACUGCCUGCUAUGUAACCUAACAGUCAAGGACUCAAUUUGUAUGGCAGCCAUUAAACCUUUUGUGGGGCUUCA